AUGGAUGCCGAUGUCGAUGCAAUCGAUAUCGAUGAUGAUGAUGACGACGAUGCUGGUAUAUUCAGCAUCGCCAUUGACUACCACAGUGAGGACGAUGACACCCUCACUGGUAAAGACAAUUUUCUUUCAGCAGUGCACACGAAGCGCACUACUGUUGACAAGGAUGAAUCAGCAGAGGAAUUUCUGCUGACUUGCGAAGCGGUUGUCUGCUUCGUUCAAGACUCUUUUGCAGAUGCACUAGACAGACAGAACCGAAACGCAACAAACAAGGAAGAGCAAACGUUCUUUCAUUUGAUAGGGGAGACUUAG